GCCCUGUCAUAGUAAAGGGCUGCUUAGAAUAUUAGAGCCAAUGUCACAAAGUUCCUCCUGAAGUAUAAGUGAGUGAGAGAGUUACCUCACUUUGCAGCACAACACGUCUCACAAGAUUUCUACAAGCAAUCAGAGUGAAAUUUGUACUUUGUGUUGUCAGAUGAACAUAUGAGACACUUUGACUCUUCAGUGCAGUGUGGAGCCUAACAAAGAUCUGUUUUGUGUCCCAGCUGAUCAGCAGGAGGAGAAGAGUCUGACGGAGCAGCAGAGGAACAUUUUCAGCCAUCUGGACUCAGCUGAGUCACUACAGAGGAAACAAUGAGCUCAACACAGAAGGACCAACAUGGAGCGAGAAGUCAGCGCUCUCAGGAGGCCGACAAACCUCACAGAAGAAAGAGAGAGAAAACAUACACCUGUGACGAGUGUGGGAAGGAUUUUACUGGGAAGGCUAAUCUAAAACAGCAUCAGUUCAUCCACACUAGAGAGAGACCGUUCAGCUGUGACUUGUGCGGAAAGUGUUUUUCCUGGAAGAGUUCCCUAAAAAAACACCAACUCAUCCACAGUGGAUUUAAAGCGUACAGCUGUAAUCAGUGUGGCAGAGCUUUUACUCACAGUAGAAACUUGCAGAGUCAUCUAGUUACCCACUCUGGAAUUAAGGCAUGCAGCUGUGACAUCUGUGGAAAAACUUUCAGCCAAAUAAGGCACCGAAAUAUACACCUACGCAUCCACACCAGACAUGAUGUGUACUGCUGUGAACAGUGUGGCAAAGAGUUUACAACAAACACGCAGUUACAACACCACAUGUUUACCCACACUGAGGAGAGACCUUAUAAAUGUGACCUGUGCGAGAAGACUUUUAAAGCUCCACAUCACCUGAGACAACACCAACUCAUCCACACCAGAAAGAGACUCUCCAAGUGCAGUUACUGUGAGAAGCAGAGCGAUACAGAUGGAUCCAGUUCUCAACCCUGUCAUCACUGUGGUGGUGGGAAAGAGUUUCGUUGUGACCUUUGUGGAAAAACUUUCAGUCGAAAAGACACCCUAAAAUUACAUCAACGUAGACACACUGGAGACAAACUGAAAUACUGCAAAGAAUGUGGGAGAAGCUUCCCCACAUCAAGUGACUUAAAACGACAUGAACUCAUUCACAGUGGGGUUAAAAAGCACCUCUGUGAUCAGUGUGGGUCAUCCUUCACCACUGCAGGUGAGCUUAAAACACACAAACGAGUCCACACAGGAGAGAAACCAUACAAGUGCAGACACUGUGACAAAAGCUUCUCACAUUCAAGUAGUCGUAACAGUCAUGAAUGUACACACAUGGAUAGAAACUACAGCUGUGACCAGUGUGACAAGAGCUUCAGGAAUCUCAGUUCAUACUCCGAACACAAACGAUCCCACGUUAGUAAUAAACUGUUUCACUGUUACCAAUGUGACCAAACAUUCACUUCAUUUUCUGCUCUGUGCAAACAUCAGCGUGAUCACUCAGGGCUGAAAUCACUCCCAUCACAGGAUCACAGUGAAUCUGAAGAGACAGAAAGAUCCUCUUCUGGUUUGAGGGUCAAACUUAAAACCCUUGAGAUCAGACUCCACAGAGUUCAGAUGUAAAAAUGUGAUGAGGCAGCUGUGAAUGAACAUGUUCCUCUAGUGUACUGAGAAAAAUUAAACAGGUGAUGAGUAAGAUAACUAUGUUAAACUGUGUUAUAGACAGGGACGCACCUAUCUGCUACACAGGUGUGCAUGUGCGACAACAAUUACAAAUACGUAGUGACACUUAUGUUACCAAGCGCCUUUGCAUACUUGACCAUCUCAUUCAACCUGACACGUGUUGCUGCAGCUUCUUUGGUGUUUUGCCACCACCUGAGAAACACCAACCGGAGCCAGAGCCGAAGAAAAUACUUUUUUUGAAAAAGUGGCUUUGGGGAUGCUUUCCGAUGGAUCUGUGGACAUCACAAAAGUUGAGCAGGAAAUCAUUUAAAUUGUGUCUGUGUCCAGCAACUGAGAGUUUACCUCUGACUCUCUUGGACUGAUUGAACUGGGUGCUGACCGCACCGCGUAGGGAUGGACUUGUGAGACUUCUUGAGGACACAGGCUUGGAUGAUUGGACAACAAAGUUAGUCGCUGCGUGCACAACCGAGGCUGCUAUCAACGUGGGUAUGUUCAAUGGCAUUGUGCCAAAACUCCCGCAACUUGCUACAGUUGGAGACUCUCUUGUGCACAUUCUGUGCACAGCAAACACACUGGAGAAUUGCUUAAAAUCACUUGAUCGCAAGGUUCCUAACUGUGAGACAUUUAAUCGCUGUGUGGUCAAGCUGCUGCAGUUUUAUUUGCAAAAAAAAAGUGGAUCAAAAAAAAAAAAUGCUACACUGAAGAAGCUGUGUAAAGAAAAUGGGAUCCCUUUGUAAAACAGGGUAAGUCUCAUAAUACCAGGUGGUUUUCAUGGAGGCAUGAAGACCACCUGCCAGCCAUUAUAAUGCAACUGGCUACAAGUGAUAACAGUGACUUGUAGCAUAUCUGAAAAAGAGUGUUUUCAAUGCGUACUAAAAACCGUCUCCUGGGACUCACCUGAGUAGCUCACUAAAAAGUUAUGUGCACCCCUGGUUAGAGUCUGACAGCUGCUGGUAAGAAUGACCUGCAGUAACGCUCCUUCCUACACUGUGGGUGUAAAAGUCUACUGCUGAACGAGCUGCUCAGUGCUUGUACCAUCUCAUGCAGAGGUGGGAGGUGUUGUUCAUGAUGGAUGUGAGCUUAGACCAGCGGUCCGCCAUUUGUUUCGUACUAGGUUGCGAGAGUUGAGGCUCGGGCAUGAAAUUUAUGGUUUUCGGGGGUUUUAUCAUUAACUUGGUUCCCCUGGGACUUCUCCCGUGUGUUAUGAAUAAAUUUUAAAUAUUUACAUGUUACCAUAGCGACCAGAGGGCAUUAAGGCGCAGAGAGGAGAAAGUUACUCUCAAUGUUGUUGGCGCAUUUCAGGAGGAGGCUGCUAAUAAAGUUACACAAUUACAUAGUGAAUUCAGGUUUAUUAUUAUAUUUACAAAAUACCACAGUUUUUGUCUUGGUCAUAUCAUUUUAUUCUGUUGUAUUUAUCCGCGACACCUUAAAUGCCGAUCCGGGAAAAUAUUUUUUGACAUUAAACUGGUCCGUGGCGCAAAAAAGGUUGGGGACCGCUGGCUUAAUACAUGAUAGACACCAAAUACACAACAAACUCAAAACACUGGGUCAAAUGACCCAGAACCAUGACAAUGACAUCUAUAUAGUCUAUAUCUAUACAUAGUGUUGUAAUGCUAUGAAGGAACUGCAGAGUUUGGAGGAGUUAAGCGUGCCAGCUAACAUUAAAAUUCUGAUUCAAAAGUUUCCAUUUAAACUGAGAGAAAAAUGAAACAGGAUCUUCAAGAGGACUGGCCAAAGAGCAUGUUUUGGAUUACAAAUGGAGUUUCAGCUGUGCAAAGGGUCAUAGCAAAAUGUUUAUUCUGUAAACUGUGUGGAGGAAAACCCAGCCAACAGUACAGCGUAGUAUUGUAAAACGGUAUGUAGUAGUGUUCACUUGCAUGACAAGCAGAGCCGUGCACCUUGAAGGGAUUACUUUUUAGAUACUGACUCAUGUUUAAUGCAACAUCACAAAGUUAUUGCUUGUCAUGAAGUGAAAACCAGCUCUCCCUCCAGGACUAUUUGACAAAAAAAGACUUUUUACUCCUAGAAACAAAUCCAGUACAUUUCAGACCUCUCUGGAAACAGUGGAUUUGAGAAUAUUUACCAUUGCUACAAGAAUGACAGAAAUUGAUAAAAAGGAAAAGUUGUUUUGUGCCUAGAGAUGUUGUCAUGGUUAGAUCCCAAUGUAAAAACCUCGAGGGUCUUGGGUAUUCUGUAAAAUUAUAACAACCUUUGCAGAUAAGAAAGGUCUGGUACGUGUAGUUCAUCUUCACACAAAAACAAACGUGAUUGAAAAACUUGUAACAAAAUUACUUUUGUUAUGUGAAGCUACAAACUGAUGAACUAGAUUACUGGUAGAAUGAUGUAUGAAUGAAACAUGGUUUGCCCUCUUAUGCAUAUUGUAUUAAUGUAUCAUGACUUAUUAUGGCUCCUUUAAGUUAAAAACCACUC